AAUACUGACUACUGAGUCACCCAUAAGGCACACCAGAGCUGCAGAAGAAACAAGGAGGUAUAAAGAGCUAGAUAACCCUACAAUCUGCAAUUUUUUUGUACCGAAUUGGUUCCAACUGUAGUGGUUUUAACCAGGGAUGGGUUUGGAGGAGAAUGUAGCUAAGACAAGCACCACCAAGGACGAUGCUAGCCAAAUGUUGACCUUAUGCACACAUGCUUUCUAUGAUUUAACUCAUGUCUCCCCGGUGGUAUUUCUGUUCCUGCUGAAAAAAUGUUAUUACUAUGGCACCUGUAAGGCAACAGCAAAAUUCCGAGCCCUUCAACAUCAAGUACAUCUUGUUCUCCAUAAUGAUCCAAAACCCGGACCAGCAACUUUUAUUGUUCAGUGCAUGUAUGUCUCUCCAUUAUUUGAAGAUCACAGUCAAGGAUUUACUCAUCUGAUAAUAUCAGCUCUUCGCCGAUUCCUGAAAAGAUCAACAAUCACUACAGAAGACUCAUUGGAAGUGAAAGACCUGGUUGCCCAUCUACUUGUAGAUAUUAUUAGGGGCCAGAUCCAUCAUGAUGAAAAGAUAGUCAUGAAGCUACUCGAGAUUUUUGAUGUAAAACUAACAAAUGUUGAGAAAGCAAUGUGUCAAAUUAAGGAAAAACACGAAUUAAGUUGUGGCACAGCAAACGAAUUUGUUGAACAGUAUAUUGUUGAAUUGGUAAAAUCCCAGUUCUACAUGACAGCUGUCACUUUAAUAGAGCAAUUCUCUAUCCACCAGUAUGGCCAGUCGUUUCUCCUUGAUAUGAUACAGAGUAAUCAAUUCAAAGCAGCAGAGAAGUGGGCAACAUUUAUGGGGAAACCAAUGUUAUCCACACUUGUAGAGGAGUUCAUUGAGAGGAACAUGCUAAAGAAUGCCUAUGAGAUUAUAAAGAAAAAUAAUCUAAAGCAGGAUUUUCCAGAUGUAUACAAAAGGUGUAAAGAAAGCUCACUAAAAAACUUGGCAGAAAAAGGAUGUUGGGAUGUUGCUGAGGCAAGAACAAACAAUGAUAGACAGCUUAUGGAAUAUCUGGUUUACUUGGCACUGGAAGCUGGUUACAUGGAGAAAGUUGAUGAACUGUGUGAUCGGUACUGCCUAGACAGGUUUUUGGACAUCAAAGUACCUGAAACAAGUAAUCUGCAAGGGCGUUAUUUACAUCUUGAUGAAUUAUUGGUUGAUAGCAUCAUUUGGGUUGAUGAAGUUGAAGGUUUGCUUGAUGCAACAAGGCAUAUUAAGGGUUUUAAAGUUAUAGGUCUUGAUUGUGAAUGGAAACCCAAUUACGUAAAAGGCAGCAAACCCAACAAGGUUUCUAUCAUGCAAAUUGCUUCUGAAAAGAUGGUUUUUAUCUUUGAUCUGAUAAAGUUACACAAAGAAGUGCCUGACAUUUUAGAUGAUUGUCUAUCUUGCAUUUUGCUGUCACCUAGAAUUCUAAAACUUGGCUAUAAUUUCCAAUGCGAUGCAAAGCAACUUGCUUAUUCAUAUGAAGAGUUGAGAUGUUUCAAAAACUAUGAAAUGUUGCUGGACAUCCAGAAUGUUUUUAAAGAACCUCGGGGUGGUUUGGCUGGACUUGCAGAGAAAAUACUGGGAGCUAGUUUAAACAAGACAAGACGAAACAGCAAUUGGGAGCAACGGCCUUUAACUCCAAAUCAAUUAGAAUACGCUGCUCUGGAUGCUGUUGUACUUGUUCACAUAUUCCACCAUCUUCCUGGUCAAGGACAUGAUAAAUCUGAGUGGAAGUCUUGCAUCGUGUCCCACACCGAAAACGCCAAGAAAUUCAAGAAAUGUGUACCAAAGGUUGUAGACACUGACAUGGAGACCAGCAAGCAUUGAUUCUGAAUUGAGAUCCAUUUUCUUAAUUGAUUACAUGUGUAUAUGGAAAACUUUCUAUAGAAAAAUAAGCAAUUUUCAUGAGGGACAUGAUCAUUAAUUUCAUUGAAUAUAUUUUUUUUUUUGUAAAUCUGACAGAUAAUUUAAAAUUUGGCAUUUUGUACAGGCUAUAUUUACUAGCUGCAAUUACGGUUAUAUAAGGUGAUGCCCAAAAUUAGGGCGAUAAAACUGUUUUUUUCAA